UGACACGGUAUUGGCCAACUACUCGGUUACUUAUAAUUCAAAAUACACAAAGCUUUCUAUUAAGAAUGCAACUACUUUCCUAUUCGAUAAAUCAACGUAGAGGAACUUUUGACGUCGUUAUAUUCACAUCACGAUUGAAACAAACGAGCGCCCAAAAUUUGACUAACAAUAGGAAUUAAAUUCUCACUCUGAACAGGCCAGCGUUUUCACUUCCGGAGCAAGCUUGUAAAUCAUUCGGAGAAUACCGAAAAUUACGCAAAGUCGUCCGAAACUAAGAUCAGUCGAACUGUCUGGUCUUCUUCUCUUCCUUUUAAAAGCUAAACUUCUGAUUAUCGUACAAAUGAGGUGACAGAAGCCCGAGUCAAAGGGCAUCCUUUGAAAAGUUCACGUUCGGCGAACGUCGUUGUAACCAAAGAACGCAACGAAUAAUCUACAUAGAUAUUUAAUAAAAUGACGAAACGUCGAAUAACUGGCACGAGAUGAACAGGCAUGUCGGUGCCUCGGGUGAUCGUUACCGUCGUCAUCAUCUCCCGAUCUCUGCCAUCGGCUGUGACAUCAAGGCCGCGUCUGCGGUAAUUUAUCAUAACAAGAGCUUUAAAUUCGUGAUGCGACAAGAAAAGGCACGAACAAUACGAAGAUCGAGAAGGAAGAACAGAGACGAACAGGUUUCGAUGUAAGAGACAAAGAAAGGAAAAAAUGGUAGAGUAACAGCCUGACCAGGGUCAACCACGAUGCCAAGACGCAUCUCUUACCGAUCCUCCACCCGAGGUCCUCGAUCCCCUCCUGUCCUCCACUUCCCUCACUGUCUUUCACCCCACAACUCGCCCCCCUCCCACGUUCACCAAGAAGUCUUGCCUACCUGGUAGCAUCCUCUUGCACUCGCGCGAGGACUUUCUCCGAAAGACGGUUAACUAUAUAAGCGAGAUCGACGAUGUUUGAAGCACGUUAGACGAAAUCUUACGGAUGCGUCGAGUAGGCCACAUCGCCUCCGCGCCUCUAGCUCACAGUUGAUUCUAUUUCUUCGUCCUAUUUCCUACGUUACACACGUGAGCAUAUCGAGAAGUCCUCUCGGGGUAAAAGUUCGUGCAUGUGAAUCGGCUUCGGCUGUAUCUUGAAGCUACAUCAACCACUCGUCAGGGAUCAUGAGGCCCGCGAAAACAUGGGCUCCCCUGGCAGCGACCGUGCUCGCUACGGCCCUGCUCUUGCAACCUAUCUACGCCGAGGCUCCAAUUUCGGGUAGCUACUUACCACCAUCAACAAGCUAUGGGACACCGAACUUAGGAGGCGGUGGCCCAUCCUCCAUCUACGGUGCACCGUCUGGUGGUGGUGGAGGCGGCGGCGGCGGUGGUGGCGGUCGUCCUUCCUCGAGCUACGGAGCACCAUCCAGUAGCUAUGGAGCACCAUCCAGCACCUAUGGCGCUCCAUCCGGAGGAAGACCAUCUAGCACCUACGGAGCACCUUCCAACGGUGGUGGCAGACCAUCUUCGACCUAUGGUGCACCAUCAGGUGGCGGAAGACCGUCUAGCACUUAUGGCGCUCCUGGAGGCGGCAGCGGCUUCGGCGGUGGAUUGUCGUCGAGCUAUGGCGCACCAUCGCGUGGAUCAUCGAUAUCCGCUAGUUACUCAGCACCUAUUUCUGGAGGUGGUGGAGUGUCCACCAGCUAUGGCGCGCCUACUGGAGGCGGCGGUGGCGGCGGAUAUUCAAGACCAUCUUCCACUUACGGUACACCUAGCACCGGUGGUGGCAGUUUCGGAGGUUCCGGUGGAUAUUCUGGAGGCGGUGGUGGUUACUCUGGAGGCGGAGGUGGCUACUCUGGAGGUGGAAACGGUGGAUAUUCCGGUGGUGGUGGCUACUCCGGCGGCGGUGGAAACGGUGGAUACUCUGGCGGAGGUGGAAACGGAGGCUACUCCGGCGGAGGUGGAAACGGAGGUUAUUCCGGCGGAGGUGGAAACGGUGGCUAUUCCGGCGGUGGUGGAAACGGUGGCUAUUCCGGCGGUGGUGGCUACUCUGGAGGUGGCGGAGGUGGUUACUCUGGAGGAGGCGGCGGUGGCUACUCUGGAGGAGGUGGUAACGGAGGUUAUUCCGGAGGUGGUGGCUACUCCGGUGGCGGUGGUGGCGGUGGCUACUCCGGCGGCGGAGGUGGUCAAAGUUACGCCAGCAACGGAGGCUACCAAUAUUAAUCGGAAGAAGUUUUCAUCUCGCGCGACGACCUUCGACCAUGUUUCACCAAUCAUCAACCACCAUCGAACGGGCCAAAAGAAUUUUAACACAUCGACAUCCUCCAUGUCACGAUCCAGACACAACAAACUCAUUCCAAACGUUGAUCUUAGCCAGACCAAUGGAACAUCUGCCGAUAAAACGAAAAGGAAGGAAGCGGAAUCGGAGGUCAUUCUCGCGAACCUAAAAUCAUCGCCCAAGUAUUCAGGAUCCGCAUUAAAAGUUUAACAGUAACGCGGUAACGGCCGCUGCCUUGCGAGAACUUCAGUGUGUAUCGUAGCAGGCGUAUUUCUGAAAGCAAACGGAAGAAAGGGAAUACGAGAAACUUAAAAGAUUCGAGACGCUUUUGCUUACCUCUCUUCCUAUUUGCUCUUAGGAAGCCGUCCGCUGAUAAUACUUACCAUCGCAUCGAAUCGAAAGGAGCGAAUUUCGUACGCACGAGAGUCUCUGAAAAAGGCAGGCAAAUUGGAAAGAAAGGAAGAAAGAGACACGAAGAUGAAUUCGUUCCUCGUUCAGAGCCUGUAACUUAUUUAUUUUGUAAAAAUGCUUUUUGUACUAAUAAAGCCGCUACGCUGGAAAAAGAAACGUAAUCACGGAUAGAAGUUCAUUGCGACACGACCUACCCUUUGUAGCUAGAAUAAAGACCAACGACUAUACAUAUACGUAAGGCGAUUGAGCUCGUCGUAGGGUUAGUUGGGCGACGUAGUCGGUCGGUCGAUUUAUCGAUUCCCUAACUCGAAUACCGGGAAGGCAUGAAUAAGUAAGAGUUCUUUCUAUUUCUGUCGUAACCUAGCUAAAAACGCGUAUCGAUAUCGGGACCUACGGCUCCUACGUUGAUUCGCUCAAAUUAUAACGGAAUGUAUCCUGACCUAUUUGCCACUCCCUUUCUGCAAUGGAUGUUCAACGUUAGGUAAUGACCACGUUUCUCGAGAAUAAUUGUUAGCCUCGUUUCUUCAAAAAACGAAGGUCUCCUCUUUAAAAUCCGUUCAGAAACGCGAAGACGAUGAAUUUAAUUCGCUAUGGGGAUGCUUACGCAUUUAUGGGAGAUUCAAAGGCAUAAAAGUACAAAGAAUGCAUAUAUACAAAAAUAUACGAAAUAUGCAAAAUAUUCGUCAUGAUAUCUAACGAGUAAAACAAAUCUCCGAGUAGGUUUCAUUUCUCCAAUUGGGUUUAUAAAAAUAUAAAUUUUCAUAUAUCCGCGAUGUAUUAACCCUUUGACUACGGCAGACUUUGAGACGUACCAAGCGUACCACACGGUAGGAGUUCUGUCGCGACUUACACCAAGAACAGUGAAAUUUUUUGUUAGGCUUACAUUUCUGAGAAAACAUAUUGAAAUAAUUAAAAACACUGAAUUCCAUUACGUUAAAGCAAUAUUGUUUAUUCAUUCGUAUUCUCAUUUAUUCGAAAUCACACGUUUCCACAGAAUCAGAAAUAUGAAUUAUCGUUGUUUCACGUUUGCAUGUACUUUUCCUGACCUUUCUCUUAUCCCAAUACUUCGUUUCAAGGAUAUAAAAGACAUAACUGGAAAAUAAACAUAUUUAAAUAAUAUAUGGAAUGUAUGUACUGACGAAAUAUGUAAUUGUCGAAUUAGCAUUCACUUACAUCUGGUUCAAGUGAGAUUAGCUGGAAUUGCGGUCGAUAAAAUUUUCCGAGAGCCUAUAGAUGUCUACAGUACCAUAAGAGCAAUUCUUUUAAGCGCCUUUAGGCGCCUGCAGUAUCACAAGUGCAAAUGUAAUAAGCGCCUUUAGGCGCCAACAUUAGCCAAGGGGUUAACCGGGUUAACGACUGUUAAUCAAAGUGAAAGUUUUCGAAGCAACGUAGCGUUUUCAAUUUCGUGUUUACGUGGCCGUAAAUGCAAUUCUUUGCGACUCUUAUUUCGCUGCUGGGGAUAAUUAUUAAAAUAACAACUCUGACUUUUUCGUACACUUUUUAUUUUUAACAUUUACGAUCAACAUCGCGUUCAAUUUCUCAAUUAUACACGUAUAAUAUGUCGUAUAAUACAGUAUCGGUAACGCUUUCGUAAUACAUAUACAUAGAUAUGUUCUUACGGGGUAAGUCGGGCAUUUUUCUUUGUUUUUACACAUAAUAAUACUCUAUGAUAGGUAGGCGUCCCAGGCUUGCGAGAUAGGACGAAAGUUACAAUAACAUUAGGUACGCGAUUCCGUUUCAAAGCAGGUGAGUAGUUAUGGAACACUGCGUUUCCGUAACGCUGCGUAUUAUUAUAGUAACGAGUUCGCAUCACUAGCUCGAUUGAACCUUUCGUUUCGCGUUCGGCGUUCAGGCAGCCUUCGUUCGCACAUUUCUUCUUCGCUUUUUAAUUCGUUCGCGAUACACGCGAGCGCUCGUUUCUCUUCUCCUCUGGCCAGAUCGCUGGAUAGUACACCCGAAAUUAAAGAGAAAUUAAAGAGACACUCGUCGCUCGCAAAAAAUGAAGAGGGUCUCCCUAAUUCUGUGGAGUUACGAAACCAUCGAUCUCUUUUUGCGAGAGGAUAACCACGCUAUAUAUAUAUAUAAAUAUAUAUAUAUAAAUAUAUAUAAAUAUAUAUAUGAAUAUAUAUAUAAAUAUAUAUAUAAUUAUAUAUAUAUAUAAAUAUAUAUAUAUAUAUAUAUAGUACGUAUAUAUACAUGUCUUAUAUAUAUUUUUUUAUCAUGUUUUUUCCCUUCUUACGUACUUCCUUACCUUACACGCUAGUGUACCUAAUAUGUGUAUGUAUAAUGUAGAGCACGCAUCAUGAUAUGUAUAGAUUUUCCGUUACAUCGUUGAUUACAAUGCAUGGUAUUUGACAUGUACGUGACAGUGGUUGUCUCACAAUUAACACGUACGCCACUAGAAAUACAUCGGAUCUUAUCAUAUAGAUUUAUCUACGCAACAAUAUUCAUUCGCAUAUCGCGAGAUUCUCUUUCUUUCCCCUUACACGGUAUGCCGUUUCAAUGGAACAGGGUGAAUUAACGAACCAAGAUAUGCUAUGAAUUAUUACAUUAACCUGUCGUCUCAAACGAGAUCCUCUUUAUAUAGUUUAUACUAGAUCAGAAAUUCAGCUUCUAUCGAGAAUCGAGAUGAUAUACAGUAACUAUUAUAAAUCAUAAAAUAUAACUUUGUCUAUCGUAUCAUUAAAAUACUGGCGAUGAAAUAAUAUAGGCAAUUCUGAACGUGUAAUUCGUAUUCUUCCUCACUUGAAGCAUCUUCGGUUUCGCGUUGCGGCGUAAGUAUCUCAUUGACAGAGUAAAAUCUUUUAACGAUGAGCCAGCAUGAAACCAAGCAAACUCACUGAACCCGGAAUUCUUUUUUCCUUUUGCUGUUUCUCGCCUAAUUGUUCCUUCAGUUUGAGCUACGUGCAAUUCCAAUCAUCCGCAGAGGAACGUUUUACGAUCGUCUAAUUCUGUUUCUGGUUGUAAAAAAGAGAUAGCGAAAAGAACGCGGUUACCAGCUACAAAGUGGCCACACUGGCGAUAUAAUAACGAUAAUUCCGCUCUCCGUUGUCUGCGAAUAGCUUGACUUAACCAGCCAACUCAUCGCGGACUUAAUAGCCGAGUGAAAGUCUUCUGUCUGUUGACACACAGAAGAUGCGUCUGUGUAUACAUCGUGAUGCACAGGAAACAUUCUCUUUCCUCUGUCAUUUGUCUAGAUGUAAUUUCACCACCGUUGGUCGUGCAAAGACGCCUCGCUUAACGAGCGCUAUAUCUUCUACGCCAGCGUACGCUUAAAAGCUACUUCCGUACGGAACUAACGUCGUUAUUUUCUUAUACCGUUACCUCGUGAUUAAGAAGAUGCUUCCUAAGAUCUGACAGGUUAAAUGAAUAAUCCGCGUGUAACUUUUAACCCUGUGGUUGGUAUGGCAAAACGACCACAUUCUAAUGAUUGAAUACCCCUAGUUGGGAAGGAGGAUGGUAAACGAUAACGACGGAUGAGAGUUUGCUUAUUUCCAACGACGAUUCGUGUCUACUUUAAAAUAAAACUGCUACGAUUUCAUUGUGUGCGUUAUUCGCUUGAGUCGCGUAAGAUGAUUGCGAUCGACCGUGACGACCAAUGAGAAGGUUCGAGACAAACGUCGAAAGAGCUUGGACGUUCGCGUGACAGGUAAGAAAAACUCGCACACGCUUCGUUUCGCAAAAAAAAUUAAUUUUCACGUGCGUUUUUGUAGAAGUAACGAUCAUACGUUUGUCCAUGAAUAUUCAUUACCGAAAACGGUAAAUGAGAAACUCGUUAAGAGGUUCCGCUUACGUUUCUCUUCAAUUACGUUCACCGUCCAUCGUCCAACGAAACUUUCGACCGUCAAAGAAGGAUAUUCAGGGACGUGGGAAAACAUUGUGAAAUUCGGAGACUGAGUAGGAACUACUCGCUUAACAAUUAUACACACACCACUUGCUCUCGAUUUCUCUGUUACAUUUUUUCUUUUUUUUUUUUAUUUUUCUUUUGGCGAUAAAGAAUGGGAUGAGCAACUAUAACGAGCAAUAAUUCUACUACAUAGGCAUUACCGUGUGGCCUUCGUGAACAACGUAACGGCUACGUUAAACAAUAACCUACCCGAUAAAUCAAUCAUGAGAAUUAACAACAGCGGCGAUAAUUCGCAUCAGCGACAUUAAAAACUACGACUUUAGUUUUCGUGUAUGUGUGUGUGUGUCUGUGUCUGAGUCUGUAUGUGCAUAUGCGUCGAGAAAUCUGAUUCUUUUUCUCUUCUGUUCGAUACUGCUAAUUCACUCGCAAUUCAUUUUAAUCCCGAUAAUGUUAAUUAUAUUAUACAUUUUAUAUAUAUAUAUAUAUAUAUAUAUAUAU